GAGCUUCUGGGUAGCCGUUGUCCGGGAAGCCGGCUUGUUUACAUCCGGGGACUUCCCAUUCCGCUCGUGGCUUCCGGUUUCCGUUGCCCGUUUCCAAGAUGGCGACCAUAGCGGAAUUGAAAGCAGUUUUAAAGGACACACUGGAGAAGAGAGGGGCUCUGGGGCAAAUGAAAGCGAGGAUCCGAGCAGAGGUGUUCAACGCCCUGGAUGACCAAAGUGAACGGCGACCACCACUGUCCCACGAAAAUCUUCUUAUCAAUGAACUGAUCCGUGAAUACUUGGACUUCAACAAGUAUAAGUACACUGCGUCUGUGCUAACUGCAGAAUCUGGCCAGCCGGACGUUCCCUUGGACAGAGACUUUCUGGUGAAAGAACUAAAUAUAGUUGAAGAUCCAAGCAGCCGAUCAGUGCCACUGCUGUACGGAAUUGCAGCCCAGCUGUUGCACGCCAACAAAGAAGAAAAGCUCCGCCAGACGUUCCCCAGGUCAUCAUCCUUGCAGUUUUCAACGUGGAACUAUAGCAAGACAGCUAACCAGAGAAGCCGAAUGGCUGUGGUUCCAGAGGCAGUCGGCUCCAGCCUUGAAGAUCCGUCAGUUUUACAGAGUGUGCCGAGAUGAAACAACAAACUGCUCGACUGGUCUUCAAACCCAGUGGCUGAUCCAGUGCUUCUUAAAUGUGUGAAGGGCCUGUUCGUGCCUGCUCCGUAUGGGUAAUAGCUGUUUACGGAAACACUUUAUUUCUCGUCAACCCCCAGCUGAGGCUGGCUCUGCAGGGAUGGGCCAAGAGUCGCCUUUGCAAAUUUUGAGGUUUUGGGGGAGGUAAAAUGACGUGCAGUUUAACAUGCAAAUGCAAAAACUUGAGAGGUUUAUCAUCCUGCUGUUUUCAGCUGUUCCGUAUAGUAUUGGUUUCCAAUUUUUACAUUUAUGAAAACACACUUUUGUACGCAAAUAAAUAAAAGCUAAUUUACUUUGACCUCUUAA